AUCAAGACCAACAACUUGAGACAGACAAUGACAGCAAAACAACUAUUAACAAAAACAACACCACACCUCUUUUCCAACAAAUCGACACAAUUCUCAUAUGGUCCGACACAGACUCCAGUCCAAGUACAGAUGAACAAAACACUAACACCAACUAUCCAUUAACAUCCACUACCCAUCAACACCCACUACCCAUCAACACCCACUACCCAUCAACACCCACAAAAACAUAA